CCGAGAGCACUCCACCGGACUCCAAAAGCCGAAAGCAGUGUUCUCUUUUCCCUUUGGCCUUUUAGUGUUGCGAUUCUCUGUCAUUCCGUCGAGUUCUAUGAUUCUAUCCCUUCGAUCCGGACCCGUACGGAGCCGUCGUUCGAGCCCUCCCGUUUUUAAGAUCCCGCCAAUGCUUUUCAUCGGUUUUAGGGCUUCAAAACGUGAAGUUCUGAUGGGCUCCAUGGUCGACGCGCCCGCACGUGAAGAUUGGUGAUUCUGCAGCUCGAGUUCGGUUCCUGCUGUCGGAAUCGGCGAAAGGUGGAGUCUUGGGCAACUCCGAGGUGCUGGGGCAGCUGGGGUUUCGAAAAAGCUCGGAUCUUGGCGCUCGUUUUGGUGGGAGCUGCGGGCCUUAGGGUUGUGAGAAUGCUUUGAAUUGGGGCGAUUGAUCUUCGGAGGGAGCUUGCUACGGGCUUCUAGGGUUUUCUGGACGCGGGGGAGGAGUAAAAUGUUCUAUUCUCAGUUUAUUUUGGCCAAGAAGGGGCCGCUAGGGACCAUAUGGAUUGCGGCGCAUUUGGAACGGAAGCUGAGGAAGAAUCAGGUGGCCGAUACUGAUAUUGGUGUCUCUGUAGAUUCAAUUCUUUGUCCUGAUGUCCCAAUUGCACUUCGGUUAUCUAGCCAUCUUCUGCUAGGUGUGGUGAGAAUAUAUUCUAGGAAGGUGAACUAUCUCUUCCAUGAUUGCAGUGAGGCUUUGCUCAAGAUAAAACAGGCCUUCAGAUCAGCAGCAGUAGAUCUUCCCCCAGAAGAAUCAACUGCUCCUUAUCAUUCAAUAACCUUACCUGAAACUUUUCAUCUCGAUGAUUUUGAGCUGCCUGAUAGUGGUGACUUUGUUGACCACCAUGUCAGUACAAAAGAACAGAUUACACUUCAAGAUACUGUUGGUGGCAUGGAGUUUUCAUCUAUGCAAUUUGGAUCUGAUGAAAGAUUUGGUGAUGGAAUUGAUUCUCAGAUUGGCUUAGACAUUGAUGAAUUGCAGGACUUGUUCUUAGAUAAGCAUCCCUCGCAUGAGCAUACUUCAGUUGCAGGCUCAGACGAGCGCGGCAUGCUUCAGGGUCAAUCUUCAUCUUCCAUGCUUGUCACAGAGAUGGGUAUUGAUAAAGACCAAGGAGGUUCUGUUAAAGGCUACAACAUCCAGACUUCUAAUCUCAAUGAAGCAUUUUCCCCCAACGAUCAUAAUGUUGACCAAAUUGGUCAUAGUUCUAUUGCUGAUGUUCCAAAUCUGGAAUCAACAUAUUGUGCUCAUGCUCCACUUACUCCUGGAUUGAUGGGAGAGGCUAUUUCAACCCCUAUACCUGAAAGUCCUGCUCUGAGUCCCCACAUAAAACAUUCACCUUCAUUUGGUGAAGAAGACUUGAAGACUGAUGGUGGCCUCAUACACAUGUCAACGAUGGAGCCUGAGUUAGCACAUGUUCCACAAGUGGUAUCCUCUCCUACAGUUUUGUUGGAAGAAGCACAACAAAUAGCUGGACUGGGUGAGCAUUGUGAACAGGAGAGCACAGACGAUUUUCAGAUUAAAUUUGUUGCAGAAGAAGCAAAAGAUCUGUCAUGUGACGAUCAGAACCUUGAUAAUGGAGAGAACACAUUUCCUGAUAUAUCUCAGAUGGAGGGCUUGGUAUCUUCCAGUUGUUCUUUAGAAGCAUCUAAUUCUGAAGUUCCUCAAGACAAGUCUCCAGUUGAGACUGGAGUUGUAACCGCAACUUCUGAAGCAUCAACUGAAAAUCUAUUGGCACCUGCAGUGACCUCAGCUACCAAAAUUAGUUCACUUGGGGUUGAAGCUCAGCCAUCAAGUAAUCAAGACCUUGAAGUAGUUGUUGACCCUUGCCCACAAACAAGUCUUCAUUUGAGAGCUUCUAGUUCAGAAUCAAAUCAAGCGAACACACAUUCUUUAGAGAAUUUAGAACCAGUACAAGAUGCUCCAGAAGCUUCUCUUGAAGAUCUUUGUGUCCCUUCACAAAUGCCAGUGAGAGAGAAGGCACUGCAUAGUAUUGAAUGUAUCGAGAAUCAAGGAUCUGUCCCUGUAGUUGGCAACACAAAUGAGAUAUCUGUUGACCUUUCUUCGAAAGAUACUGAGUUGGAUCGGUUGAACUGUUCUUCAAGUCCUGAAAAGAUGCUUUUAGCUCCGACAAGUGAUGUUGACCAGGCAAAAGAAUUAAGUCAGCUAACUGUAGAUAAGGGAGUUACCGAGUCUGAUGGAAGCGUUGGCAGAAUUUCCAGUCUCUCUGGUAGGAAACGCCACCUAAUAGACAGUGCACUAGUUCUGCCAAAUGGUAGUUCAGCCAAAAUGUCUGGCAGAAAACCAUUUAGAAGAAGCACAGAAUCUAUUCCUGAUGAUGAUGAUUUGUUAGCAUCUAUAUUAGUAGGAAAGAGGACUCCACUCUUGAGGAUUGGUCCCACUCCACCUCUGCCAAAAGCAACUUCUCUAAAACGGCCUAGAGCAAUGCCCAAAUUAGGCAUGCUGAAGAAAGUGCUGUUGGAUGAUAUUACAGUCUUACAUGCUGAUGCAAUUCGGCAACAGCUAAUGCACACUGAAGAUAUACGACGCGUACGAAGGAAAGCACCCUGUACACAUCCUGAAAUUUGGAUGAUUCAGAAAAGUUCUGCAGAUGAUGAAAUUUUCAUUGAACCUAUUACUACUGGUAUGUCUGUGGAGUUGAGUGCCCUGCACUCUCAAGUAUACGAUUAUGUAGCAGACCACCUCAAUUCUUGUGCAGAGCUGUUGAAAGAAUCCAACUAUUCUAGAAGGUCAGGCAUCAUCAGGGAAGCUGAUGAGAAAGAAACAGCUGAUCCAACAGUGCCAAAUAGCACUGGUUUUGGAAGGCAGGAAUCACCUGGUGUAUCUGUGUCAACUGAAGUUGGGAGUAGCAUGAUUGCUUAUAACAGUGAUGCUCAAGAACAUUUACAAUCCCGAGCUGGCCUACCUCAACUUGAGGCUUUAGGCAAUAAUACACCAUGUACAGUGGUAACAACAGAUAUAAAUGAACGGGAAAGAAAUGAUAAAGCUCCCGCUGAUGGCUUAGCUACUGGUGAGAAUGACCCUGAAGGUAGGUCAGUUGAUAAGAAAAUGCCUGCAGUUUUGGAUAGUGAUACCAUGAUCGAUGUUGAAGUUGAAUGUGCUGCUACAGAUGCAUCAGCCAUGGAGGAGAGGGGUUUGGUGGAUGUGGUAAUUCCAAGUGACCCUCAAGAUGUUUGUUUUGAAAUAGAGAAUGAAUGUAGUCAUUCGUUGGUCUCUACACUAGAUAGCUGUUUACCUCAAGUUGAUGAAAAUUUGCCAGAAGGCAGAUUAACUGUCAUGCUGGAUGUGAGUUCUUCCCAGGAUAUGAUCCAGGAAGUUGGUGAACCAACUGACGAGGCUAUGCAGGAAAAAGAAGGCCAACUUGGUAACAGACUGGAGAAUGAAGCUAUUGCACACAUAGUUAUGGAUAAUAAAGAAGUUUCUAUUCCCGAUAUUAGCUUUUCAGAAGGAUCUGAGAUAGCUGGUGUAUCCUCGCUCAAACCAAAUAGUGACAUCCAAAAUAUUCCUUCAUUAGUGGGAGAAAAUUCUUGUUUGCUGGAAUUUAACCUUGCCGGCAGUGGAGAAAGCCCCGUGGACUUCAACACUGCAAAAGAGUGUAGUGACUUUUGCAGUGCAAUUGGUGGCAAUGGUACAGAGUUUCUUAAUGCAGAUGAUGAAGCAGACUAUAAUGAAGAAGCAGAUGAUGCACUGAAUCCUGAAGAGGCCCAAUCACUUGAAAAUAGCGGUUGGUCUUCCAGGACAAGAGGUGUUGCGAGAUACUUAAAAAAUUUGUUCGAGGGAGAAUCCGGACGUGUGAGAAAAAGCCUUGCUAUGGACCACAUCGUAGCUGGAAGAAGUCGCAAAGAAGCAUCAAGGAUGUUCUUUGAGACUUUGGUCCUGAAAACAAAGGAUUAUAUACAUGUUGAACAGGAGAACCCUUUUUCGUAUGUCAACAUAGAACCUAGAUCGAAGCUCCUCAAGUCGGAGUUCUAAAUUCUAAAGACGCAUGCAUUCGUAUGCAACUUUGCACUGAUACCUAAGCCAGAUGCUCGUGCCACCCGUAGUUGUUAUCUUUUGACCUCAUCUUGUAUGUUUUUACUAAAUGGUGUUGUAUUGUUUCCUUUCUUUGUACUGAUCUUGUACUGCUGCGCCGAGCAGAGAUGGUGCUUUGUACUUGUAGACUGAUUAUAGUGUGUAUAUAUAUGUAUGUGUACAUUAUUAUCAUCUAAUGCUAAUAUCUUAUGGGGAAGUGUAAAAAACA